UGAAAACUUUUGUAAUAUUUUUGAUAUUUACCAAAUAAGAGUAAAAUAAGGCAUGCUAAGAAGGAUGAGCACUUACAGUGGUCAAAAACUGGCGACGGUGGUCAAGGAGCUGGAGAACUUUGCGCCGAUAGCAUGGGCAGAGAAGUGGGACAACGUGGGACUCCUAAUCGAACCGCACCGGGAGAAACAAAUCCAGAGAAUUCUAUUAACCAACGAUUUAACCGAACCCGUGAUGAGCGAGGCGCUGGCGAAGGAUGUGCAGCUGAUAAUCAGCUAUCAUCCGCCGAUCUUCAGGCCGCUGACAAGGAUUACGAGGACGAACUGGAAGGAGCGCGUGGUGGCGGCCUGUUUGGCCAACGAUGUUGCUCUAUAUUCGCCCCACACGGCGUGGGAUAAGGCGUGCGGUGGUGUCAACGACUGGCUAUCGCGGGCACUAUCUAAAAUAAUUAGCAUUCGGCCCCUGGAACCGGAGUUGGGAGCUCCACCGGGCACCGGAUCCGGCCGGUAUAUAGAAACAAAACUAGAGCUCUCCCAGGUGGUUGAUUCCCUGCAGAGGCACAUCGAAAACAGCGUCCACGUCGCCUUGGCUGUGGGCCACCAGCCCAAGACUAUCAUCCAAUCCGUGGGCAUUUGUGCCGGCUCUGGAGCGUCCCUGCUCAAAAAUGUCCAAGCGGAUCUCAUCAUCACCGGCGAAAUGUCGCAUCACGAACUUCUGGACUUCACCCACAAUAACACCAGCGUGCUGCUCUGCAAUCACAGCAAUUCUGAAAGGGGCUUCCUCAAGGGCUUCUCUUCCAAACUGAGCGAAUUACUGCAGGGAGCUUGCGAGGUUCUAGUUUCUGAUGCGGACAAGGAUCCUCUGGUCACCGUGGCGAAGGCCACAAUUGAGGAACAAAACGUUUUUGUUGACUGCUACAAACAAUAA